CCCGAGCUCACUUUGUUUCUGUUGCUGCCCUACGGGCUCGAUUCCUCAUUAUUUUCAGGUCGAGCCGGUUGAGAUGGAGCAACAGAGGAAGGUGUUGAGCAAAGGUUUUGUAAUCAAAGAUAGUUUUUUAGUCGUGGUUGAAUGAAAGGAAGAGUUUUUGUUAAAGUGGAAAUCUCCUUUUCUCUUUGCAGUUUAGCAUUGUUUACAUCCUGACUGUGAAUUGAUAUCUGCAUUAAUGUCUCACAUGUUCACAAGUAUAUUUAUUAAGACAAAAACAGAAAUGUUGAUAAAUCAAAUUAUAGUUUAUUGAGUUGAUUUUCAUUUGUUUCAAGAUUACUUUGGUGUUUUGGUUACCAUGGAGAGAAAACCCUAAAGUGAUUGACUUUUGUUUUGGUUGUUUUCCAUUGAAUAUUCUGUAUAAGCAUCAUUUGCAUUGUGCAGGCUGCAGAAUGUCUAUUCACAGUCCGCAUCAUUUAUCACAUUUUGACAAGCAUAUUUAUAAAGAAGAACAUUUUGAUUUAUCUGUACACAGAGAAAAAAAGAAGAUGAGAAAAAGGGAAGAUUCAUAACUUCAAUGUUAGUCCAUUUAUUUAAUGUAAAACACUUGAGUCAUUAUAUUCUUCUGAACCAGUAUAGUGUAUGUAUGGAGAUUGCGUGUGUGGGUUUGGUGUGUGAGUUGUGGUCGAGAGUUUUUAUUUAGAAUUUGCCUGUGGUGAUCAGACUUGGCCUGACUGGCGGAAUGCAGCCAUUCACACGGGUCUUUCCGGGAAACGCUGUCCUGAGUGGGAAACCUGUAAUAGACCCUGUGACCAUCGUUGGUCUUUUGCACGACAUUCAGACGCCGUGUUUGGUCUGUUCGACGGCCCUUUACUGUCACCGCUGCUGCUGUGGGCUGAUGAUGGGCUCGUCUUCUCGGAUGUGAACUCACACAUCAGCUAUUAACCACAGACAAGCCUGAAUCAUUCUGGUCCUUUGCGUAGUACAGGCGAGUGUGAAAUGACUGUGCCUGCAUUGAGGAAAAUGAGCAUCAGCCUCCUGACAAACUGUCGACAGGAUGAUCAUCGCCCCUGAGAUGAUGGAUAAAAAUCACACGCAAUGCGAAUAAAUUCCCCUGACAUCACCACCUUCUUCCUGUUGCAUUUUUCACAUCUCGCCUCAUUUGAUAUUUGCAACUUGAGAGAAUCCCCGUCAGGCAUGUUGCACGUCAGCAGAGGACAGAUAACAGCUGUGGCCCCUCUGGGAGACGCGAGGCCUAAUCUCGCCCGACGCUGAUUGUUUUCUCCAGCCCUCCUGCAGCUCUGGGUAGUAACAGGGACACGUUCUUAUCUACCAACACAGGCUGGUGUUCAGCUGCUCAACAGGCCGGCUCCUCUCCACUCCCUCACGCCUCAUUUGGCUGCCACUGAGGAGGAAAAGGCUUCGUACACAAUUAGGAGGAAAAUGAACCCAUUUAUGAGAUGAAUGAGAACUUAAAGGAGUAGCUUCACGUUUUAGGGAAAUACAUCAAGCCGCCGUCUUAACCUGCGGUGCUUGGAGGCUGGAACCAAUCAGCUCCCUGGAAACAACCCUACACACUCACAGUCAAUCGUCCACUCAGUCAGUCAGUGAGCCAGACACAACUGCAACACAUCACACACACGCACCACAGCAGAGAGAGAGAGAGAGAUCCACAACACAGGCAGAUUAAAGCGUCGUAAAACACUUGAGUCUGAAAUUCACCUUUGAGACAAUGUGAACUGAUGCAACUUCUAUGUUUAGUACAGGAGACUGAAAUGACACCAUGAUGGGAAAAGCCCCACCGAGGCCCUUAGCUUCCUGCUAAAAGCUCCAUAUGACACGUAUGAUGUGUCUGGGAUGGUGGUGGGGUUUUUUAAAUAAUGAUCGUAAAAGAAUAAUCGGAAGAUGCGUCCCUUGAGAUGCAAAUGACACACGAUGAAAAUGUGCUUCCCAUUCUGUCUAAACACAACCUUUACCUCGGAUGUGAAAUCUGUGACCACAAAACACUCCCAAAAAAAAAAAGAUCCGUUAUUGUGCAGAUUCAACAAAUGAGAUCUAACGCGCUGCAGCUUCAUAUUUGCCCGAAAACAGACACGUUCACAUCUGACUCUUGUCAAGAAAGCAAUUGAGCUGAUUUCCCAAAGAUGAUGAACUGUUCCUUUAAAAUAAAUAAUUUAUGUCUGUGUUGCAUUUGCAUUUUUAUUAAAACAAACAAAGAGGAUUUGCUUCCUCGGCUCACAACUUUCCUGGAGUUUUAGCUGUUGGAAUAAGAUUUUUUAAAAUAAAUAAAUAGAUUCAUUUAUAUAGAAGACUCGGAGAGAAAAAAAAAAAGAAAGAAACUAGAACACAGACGCACGUCAGACAUCAAUAAUGCAACGGUUGGCAUUUGUGUUUCGCAGUCCUGUCAUCAGUGAAGCAUCGCUGCUCCUCCUGCAGCUGAGGAGGCAGCAGUGGAGGUUAAAAAAAAGACCCUGUGACACUGAUACAGGAGAUGAAAGAUGAGGACACGUUUUAUUUCUGUCUUUGGUUCAAAUGUCAUCAGCUCCUCUGCCACAGUUACUCCCAUAUUGAUCAGCUAUCUGCGUCAUCGGGUCACAGAUUUGUAAGUGAAUGAGAAAAAGAGAAACGUCUGCUGGGCCAAUGUGAGGCUUCUUCAUCCAGGUGGAAACACUACAACUCUCUGCUCAGGAGGUCCACUUCCUGCUCUGACGUGGACGGAGACUCCCAGGCCAUCACAACCGGGGGAGCACUUUGGAUAACCUGCUUUUUUAUCUUUGACUCUUUCUGCUCCAGCAGCCUGAAGAGGAGGAGGUCUGAGCCUGAGUUCAGUGAAGAGGAGGAAGAGGAGGAGACCGGCAGGAAUAAAAAGAAGAAGCAGAGAGGGAGGACCGACAGUUAGACGACAAGAGAAGCAGAGGCGGACCAGAGGCUGUUGCUCAAAGAUGGAUCUAGAUUUUCUUCACGCCCUGGAGAGAGAGAGAGUCCUGGAAGUCCUGCGGAGAGACAAACAGCUGCGUAUCAUAGAGGAGGACAGAAUCAGGAGAAUGAAAUACGAGCUCCAGGAGCUUCGGAGACGAGGCGCCAAGAGUUUCACGCGGCAGUACGGCGAGCGGACCUGCGCCCGCUGCCAGAGGCCUCUGGGAAAGUUCUGGAACUCGGGCGACGUCUGCCACGGCUGCAGCCACCGCAUCUGCAGCAGGUGUCGUGUGGGUGUGGGAGCGUCGGGCUGGACGUGCACAGUCUGUUACGCCUACAGCGAGGUGAAGAUCAGGUCUGGAGAUUGGUUCCUGGAGGAAAAGUUAAAGAAGUUUCCCGUCGCCGAAGACAAAUAUGAAACAGUCGGGGAGAAGCUGUUGAAGACCUACAAUGUCCUGAGUCAUAUAUCCGUGGUGCCGCCCACUCCUCCACCACAUCUGGAUCAACACUUUCUGAGCAGAUCGGGGAGUUUGAACAACUCAAAACCUUUUACCAAAUCUGUGGAGGAUCUUAUGGUUUCCUUCACGAGUCACAUGAAAAAUAUUUCAACUUCUCAAAACGACGUGCAUGCCGACCGGCUGUUCGUCGGCAACGGCCGCAAAGCGUCGUGCUUCACCUUCAGCACCCAGAAGAGCAUGUCCGACACCGAAAUCAACAAAUCCUCUCUCCUGUUUAAAGUCCCAAGUCUCCCAAACCUGUUCAAGAAAAGCAAAGACAGCGACCAGGAGGGGUCGUCCACCGGAGCAGAGGAAGAAACCUCCUUCGGCUCUGAGUUCUCUGGAAGAAAGAGAGGCAGCAGCAGCAGCGUUGGCACAGACUCCGGCCUCUUCGAGAGCGUCAGCGUGUCCGGAGAGCUAGAGCUGUCUGUGACCUACAACUCCGACGCCUCCUGUCUGGAGAUCACGGUUUGCGCCUGCAGAAAUCUCUCAUAUGGAAACACGAGGAAGAAGAGAUGUCACCCAUACGUCAAAGUCUACGUGCUGCCGGAAAAGAGCGGCAAACUGAAGACGACGAUGAAGAAGAACACAACUGAUCCUGUUUUUAACGAGGUUUUAAAGUAUCAGAUAGAGCGCCACCUGCUGUUUGGAAAGAGACUGCAGGCCUCCGUGUGGCAUUCAGGAACCCUGAGAAGGAAGGUGUUUCUGGGUGAAGUCCUCGUUCCACUGGACGGCCUGACGUGCGAGGACAAAUCCUCCCAGAGCUUCAACUGGUACCCGCUGUGUCCCAAGACUGAGAGACCAGAUGGUGGCGCUAUGGAGCAGGACGGAUGAGAACUGCUGGUCAGAGUCAUGUUCACCUCCAACAAGGGCAGAGAUCUCGUCCGGAUGACGCCCGUUUGCGAAGGUGAGACCAGGCCUCUCACCAACUGCUUGCUGGCAGUCUCCCGGGUGUCUCUCUCUCUCUCUCUCUCUCUCUCUCUCUCUCUUGCUCUCUGAACCUGGACCUGUGGGACCAAGGCCCCCCCUGCCUCUGAGGGACCCCUGGCAGGGGCCCCGAAGAGACCCUGGUACAACAAGAGAUUUCCAUCUCCUCAUCCUAAAUAGCUAAUCCUCUGAUAUCUCAUCUAUCUCACAUUUAUAAGCAGCAUAUCUAAUUAAUGUAUGUUAAUAACUCACUAUAAACCAUUUGUAAGCAGAUAUAAGGAUGUUUUAAGUGAUUAGCAUUUGUAAAAGUUCAUGAAUAAUACAAUAUGAAAUAAGAAAAAUCCUGUAUUUGUAAUUUUUAGGAAGAUGAAAUGUGAUGUAUUUAUUUAAAUCAUUUUUUAAUGUUAUUUUUCAACUAUGCUCAUAUUUAUUGAUGAAGUAUUUAUUUAUAGUUUCUCUCUCUCAAUGAUAAUAAAGGCAAUAAUAAAUAAAUAAUAAUAAAGCUCUGCAAGAAAUAG